CCCGUCCCCGUCGCUCUGUGUCCAGAGGAGAGGAGCGGCCGCCAUGUUAACCAAGAAGCCCGGAUCCUCGGUCCUCCCAACGGGCAAAGCGGGAGAGCCGGUUUACUCCGGUGGCUCCCAGACGACGUCGCCUGCUGCGCUGCCGCGAUUCCGCAACAUCAACCACAACCACAACGCGCUGCCGGGAGGCCCUAAAGCCGCCAUGUCGGAGGCCCCCCCGCUGCAGGAGGAGAACACCAACAAGCGUCCUGUUCUGACGUCCCAGCCCAACGGGCUCCUGGCUCCUCUGUGCUCCUCCUCCUCCUCCUCCUCCUCCAGGACAGGCCUCCCCCAGCCGGCCCGGCAGCCCUCGGCCCCCGAGCCCCCCCCCGACUGCCGGCAGGGCGGCGCCUCCUCCGCCAAGUCGUCGUCGGAGGGGAAGCCGAAGCCCGGCUACCAGACGCCGGAGGCGGCCAUGAAGCAGUUCAUGUCCAAGAUGUCGUCGCUGGAGCACCACGAGGUGUUCGGCUACCCCGAGGUGUAUUUCGUGGGCCCGAAUGCUAAGAAGCGCUCGGGGGUGAUGGGCGGAGCCAACAACGGCGGCUACGACGACGACCAGGGAUCCUACAUCCACGUCCCCCACGACCACAUCGCCUACCGCUACGAGGUGCUCAAGGUCAUCGGCAAGGGCAGCUUCGGACAGGUGGUGAAGGCCUUCGACCACCGGUCCCAGACCCACGUGGCCCUGAAGAUGGUCCGCAACGAGAAGCGGUUCCACCGGCAGGCGGCGGAGGAGAUCCGCAUCCUGGAGCACCUGAGGAAGCAGGACCAGGACUCCAGCAUGAACGUGAUCCACAUGCUGGAGAACUUCACCUUCCGCUCGCACAUCUGCAUGACCUUCGAGCUGCUGAGCAUGAACCUGUACGAGCUCAUCAAGAAGAACAAGUUCCAGGGCUUCAGCCUGCCGCUGGUCCGCAAGUUCUCCCACUCGCUGCUGCAGUGCCUGGAGGCGCUGCAGCGCAACCGCAUCAUCCACUGCGACCUGAAGCCCGAGAACAUCCUGCUGAAGCAGCAGGGCCGCAGCGGCAUCAAGGUCAUAGAUUUUGGUUCCAGCUGUUAUGAACAUCAGAGAGUUUACACCUACAUCCAGUCACGAUUCUACCGAGCACCGGAGGUCAUCCUGGGCUCCAGGUACGGGAUGCCCAUCGACAUGUGGUCCCUGGGCUGCAUCCUGGCCGAGCUGCUGACCGGCUACCCGCUGUUGCCGGGCGAGGACGAGGCGGACCAGCUGGCGUGCAUCAUGGAGCUGGUGGGCAUGCCGGGCCAGAAGCUGCUGGACGCCUCCAAGCGGGCCAAGAACUUCGUGUCCUCCAAAGGUUACCCGCGGUACUGCACCGUCACCACGCUGCCCGACGGCACCGCCGUGCUGAACGCCGGGCGCUCGCGGCGCGGGAAGGUACGCGGCGCGCCGGGCAGCAAGGACUGGAGCGCGGCGCUGAAGGGCGGCGACGACCCGCUGUUCCUGGACUUCCUGAAGCAGUGCCUGGAGUGGGACCCGGCGCUCCGGAUGACGCCCAGCCAGGCGCUGCGCCACCCGUGGCUGAGGAGGCGGCUCCCCAAGCCACCGACCGGCGCCGCCGACAAAACCUCCUCCUCCUCCGCCGCCGUCGCCUCCAAACGCGGAACCGGCGCCGACGGCGCCUUCACCUCCAUAUCCAAGCUCGCCGCCGCCACCUCCUCGACCGCCACCUCCUCCUCCUCCUCCAAAACCAGGACUAACUUGGCGGCGAUCACCGACGCCAACGGGAACAUCCAGCCGAGGACGGUGCUGCCGAAGCUGGUCAGCUGAGGGCGGGCGCACCCCGCGCUCGCCGCGGCGGCAGAGUUGUGAAGCGGCGCUCGUGAGCCACGGCGGCCGGAUGGGAACCGCAUAAAACAAAAAGGGUUUUGUCCAGUUGGGAGGAGGAGCGCUUGUUUUACGUUUCACGGCUGCGUCUGCGCGGCGUCUGACGCGGAGGUGCGUUCAGGGACAAGAAACUCAGCGGUCGAAUGGGCCGCUCGGCCGAGCUGAAGGAAACUUUAUGGGAAAUGCGUUCAGCGAGACAGGAAGUGACCUCACAGGAUUAAAGUGACAAGCAGCACACUUUCACUCCAAACACGUCAACAAGACGUCAAACACACGUCAACAACACGCCAACAACACGUCAAACACACGUCAACAACACGUCAAACACACGUCAACAACACGCCAACAACACGUCAAACACACAUCAACAAGACAUCAAACACACGUCAACAACACGUCAAACACACGUCAACAAAAUGUCAAACAACACGCCAACAACACGUCAAACACACGUCAACAAGACAUCAAACACACGUCAACAACACGUCAACAACACGCGGCGCUGACGGAGGGAACAAAGCUUUUUUUUAUGUUUUUAACCACAGAAUCUUUUUAGCCGGUAAAUCGACACCAAAAAACAACUUUCUUACGAUCUUAGUUCUACGAGGUUUUAUCCGUUGCUUGUUGUUUAUCGACAAACAGGUCGGAUAUUACGCCUCGUCACUAAAAAACUAAAAACAACGUUAGCAUACUAACGUUGUUUCGUAUCUACAAAAUACUUGUUACAGUUUAGGGAACACGAGCCGGCACUAACAACGUUAGCCGGCUCGUUAGCCGUUUAUUUUAGUGUGUAGCUAGUCUAGCAUGCUAGCUUAGUGCCUGGCAGCUGGUCAAAAAAACGCUGGUUGUUACUUUGCGAACUUUAAACCGGUCGGUCGUAGCCGGAGGACUACUUGCCUUCUCUUGGCGGUCUGGUGGCCUUAGCCUUGUGUUAGCCGUAGCCCGUUAGCCCGUUAGCACGGCCCAGCCUUACCAAGCACACACUUAGCACUUCUUUUUUUAUCCUUUUUUCUUCGGAGGUUUAGCAGGAAGAAGUUUGUCUGGAUAAAGUCGCAGUUUGGUUCCUACAAAGUCAUCGGGAUGCAAAAUGGCUGAAAGUAGAAGUCAAAAGAAAAGAAAUCAACCAAAGUGGAGAGAACGUGAUGAAAGGGAAGGAUUCUGAUUCAGGAAAACUGAAACAAAAAAGAUAAAGAAAAGAUAAAAUAUUAUUCUGAUGGUUUCACGACUGUUUUAAAGACACGAUUUAAACAUUUUUAAAACAUUACUUUAUGAAAUCUUGUUUUUAAGGGGAAGAUAAAACUCACAAGACGCUAAAUAUAAAUCAGAAAGGAAGAAAAGAGGACGCAGCAUUCAGGACUACAUAGAGGACUACAUUCAGGACUACAUAGAGGACUACAUCAGGACUACAUAGAGGACUACAUGCAGGACUACAUCCAGGACUACAUAGAGGACUACAUCCAGGACUACAUAGAGGACUACAUUCAGGACUACAUCCAGGACUACAUAGAGGACUACAUUCAGGACUACAUCCAGGACUACAUAGAGGACUACAUUCAGGACUACAUAGAGGACUACAUUCAGGACUACAUAGAGGACUACAUCCAGGACUACAUAGAGGACUACAUUCAGGACUACAUAGAGGACUACAUUCAGGACUACAUCCAGGACUACAUAGAGGACUACAUUCAGGACUACAUAGAGGACUACAUCCAGGACUACAUAGAGGACUACAUUCAGGACUACAUAGAGGACUACAUCCAGGACUACAUAGAGGACUACAUUCAGGACUACAUCCAGGACUACCUAGAGGACUACAUCCAGGACUACAUAGAGGACUGCAUUCAGGACUACAUAGAGGAAUACAUAGAGGACUACAUCCAGGACUACAUAGAGGACUACAUUCAGGACUACAUAGAGGACUACAUCCAGGACUACAUAGAGGACUACAUCCAGGACUACAUAGAGGACUACAUUCAGGACUACAUCCAGGACGACAUAGAGGACUACAUCCAGGACUACAUUCAGGACUCAUCCAGGACUACAUCCAGGACUACAUAGAGUACUACAUCCAGGACUACAUAGAGGACUACAUCCAGGACUACAUUCAGGACUACAUCCAGGACUACCUAGAGGACUACAUCCAGGACUACAUAGAGGACUACAUCCAGGACUACCUAGAGGACUACAUUCAGGACUACAUAGAGGACUACAUCCAGGAAUACAUAGAGGACUACAUACAGGACUACCUCGAGGACUACAUCCAGGACUACAUUCAGGACUACAUCCAGGACUACAUCCAGGACUACAUAGAGGACUACAUCCAGGACUACCUAGAGGACUACAUUCAGGACUACAUAGAGGACUACAUCCAGGACUACACAGAGGACUACCUAGAGGACUACAUUCAGGACUACAUAGAGGACUACAUCCAGGACUACAUAGAGGACUACAUCCAGGACUACAUAGAUGACUACCUAGAGGACUACAUUCAGGACUACAUAGAGUACUAAAUCCAGGACGACAUAGAGGACUACAUCCAGGACUAAAUCCAGGACGACAUAGAGGACUACAUCCAGGACUACAUUUUUUUUUAGAGAAUAAGGGACAAUGCAUAUUGAUAGACAGUACAAUGUACAUGUAAAUAUGCCAGAUUAUAGCCGGGAGGCUAGUUUCCAUCUGUAGUACAUCCAGGACUACAUCCAGGACGACAUAGAGGACUACAAGAAGACGUCAGCUGUUAAUAUCUUCUGGUUGGUUGUCAUGGAGACGGAAACAGCCACGGAUGAAGUACUUAGACUUGAUAUUGUAACUUGCUAACGUUAUGUUAGCAUGUGACGUUAGCCUAUGGCGUUAGCAUGAGAUGUUAGCAUAUGGUGUUAGCGUGAUACGUUAGCAUAUGGCGUUAGCGUGAGAUGUUAGCCUAUGGCGUUAGCGUGAGACGUUAGCGUGAUAGUCGACGGUGCUCUGGUUUCUAUUCAGGUUUUCUCUGUAAGUUCUGAUACUUCUGAGAGGUUUAGACUAAACAUUAAAACAUUAAAACGCUCAUCAGGUGGUGCUGCACUUAUAUUUAAUGAGACGUGGACGUCGUCUCCGUCAGCUGUAGGUUUGUGGUGUUCUGAAGUUUGUGUCGGCCAUCUUGGUUUUUUGCAACCAUGAGUGACGAGUGGGCGGAGCUAAGUGCAACUGAAUGCUGAAUAAAGACAUUUAAAGAGACUAAAAUGCUACAAUUAACUUUAAUGAAGUGAAAACAUACUGUGAAAGACAAUAACAGGGACCUGUCAAUCACCUUGUAGCCCCGCCCCCAAAGCACACUCUACUUUAUGGUCUGUUUAUGACCAUCAUCUACUAAAUAAACAGAGGAGUCGCCCCCUGGUGGUCAGGAGAGAGAAUGCAGCUUUAACACAUGAAGCAUAGACUUCUAUACAACCAGAGGAGUCGCCCCCUGGUGGCCAGUAGAGGGAACUCAAGUGAUACAAGUGAACAUGGUUGUGUCUCCUCCUGCUUGGAGAGGCUCCGCCUCCCUGAACUUGAGUCUGUUGUGUCUCCAACAUGAAGGAGUCACUUCCUGGUGUGACUGAUGAAGACAAGUGAACGGACUGCGAGUCAAGAGACUUCAGACACAUUCAAACAUCCACUCAGAACAAUGUUCAUGUGAUCAGGAGUUAUCUAUUAACAGACAUUUUCAAUAUUUAUUAAUCUAAUCUACAUAUUUACUACGAUGUUCAUACCGUAUACUUGAAUGUGUGUGCGUGGGGGUUGUAUGUAGCAGUGUGUGUGUGUGUGUGUGUGUGUGUGUGUGUGUGUGUGUGUGUGUGUGUGUGUGUGUGUGUGUGUGGACGUAACGAGGGUUUUCUUAAAGCUUGUUCCCUCAAACCUACAGCGACGUAAAAAACAACUGUACCUGAAUGCACCCACAGGAAGUCGAGUCAUACUGGGAGGAGGAGCAGGAGAAGCAGGAGGAGCAGGAGGAGGAGCCGUGAUGUCCUGUAGCGAGUGGGAGGAGCCUCUGUUCCUCUGAUGUUCUUGCUGGUUUUCUAACGAUCUGAUUGGUUGAUUGUGUUUUUUAAAAAUCGUUGUACUUUUUUUUCCUUCUUUUUUAAGAGUGCUGAGAGUCGCUACUUUGUGCCUUCAGUAUCUCGUCGCCAUGACAACGCUGCCCCCCCCCCCCCCCCACACACACACACACACAAAUAAAACACGCAGACAUUCGCGGUCAGUAACCACGGCGACGUGUCAACGUUUUUUUUGUGCACAAUGUACACAUAUCAGCCAACUGUCGCCUCGGCUACGCAAACACUAGCCAAUCGAACACUAGCGUCCGGCCGCUAGCUGCUGCACUGACGUUCAUGACGCUAAGCUAGCCUGAUGCUAACCGACUGCUAGCAGCACGCUACAGGUUCACACCAGCUAGCUGUUAGCGUGUUUUUUAAAGCUCGGGAUGCACCGGUUGUAAAACUGCCCUUACCAACGUUUAUGUUUUUGUUGUUAUUUAUUCCCCUUAUUGUUCCGUGGAAAACACAGAAUUCAUCCUAUUAAAAAAUCAGUUUUAAAGUCAUGACAUUCUCCUGCGUGAGCACAAAGUCAAUCAUACAAAUUUAUAAGAAACAACCUUUUUAAUAUAAACUUCUUUCACGUGAAAGAGAUCUUUUUCUUUCUUUUUAGCUACUACACAAAUCUUAUUAAUAAGGUUUCAUUACUUUAAAUACUUUUUGUAUAACUUAAAAUGUAAUUAAAUAUAAAUAGGGCUAACUUUCAACUUUUGUGUUUUUCCAUAAAGUGCAAUAUUUCCACAGUUUCACUUUUCUAAGCGAGCCGUUGCCUCGGCGCGGUGCAUCCCUCCUCUCCCGUUACCUCAGGCGUCGCCGUCGUUGUGAUUUUAAUAACCGGCGUCGGCGUCGUGACUCGCAUUUGGUUUGAAUCUACCAAAGUGCAUUCCUCCACAAAGCUAGCUGAGAGCUAGCGGCUCAGACAGACGGAAGCAGAAAACACGUGAACAGAAAAGACGAGAGAAGCUUCCAGGCGUUGAGAACAGCUGUUCUUCAUUUUAUAUUUUGAGUUAACACAGGAACGUGAAGUCCGGUUCAACCGACCUCUCGGUAGCAUUCAGAACCCGUAGCCUAACUAGCCCGCUGGCGCGUUACCACGCUCGCCAGGUAGCCUGCUAGCUUCUAUCGGGAGCUCUCCGUUAGCCGCUGUUAGCGCGAAGCCGCCGCGCGGUGAGUCUGUGACGUUUUGCCAGCUUGGUUUUUAUUAUUGUGGAUUUUAUCUGUAAAUAAUGUGGAAUUUUUUUUUGAAUAAUAUGUUUGAGGGGGGGGGGGGGGGCGUCACGGCCAGUUUUACAACGUACUGUACCGACUGGACAGAACUCAGAAGUCAACACUUUUCUAGUGAGCCUUUGUUAAAUUUUAUUGUGGUGGAAAAAUUAUUAUUAUUAAUAAAACAAUUUUAUUGUUCAACUUGA